CGUUGGGUAUAGUGUAUCUGAAAACUUUUCAAACUUCCAAAACUGCUGAACUGCAAAUCCAGGAUGAGACGUAAACGAUUUUCUAGCUUGUCGAUCUUACUGAGCUUUACUAGUUCACGUUUGUACUGGCAGUACAAAUUACUUGAGGUAGAAUAGAGACAGCUAGUUACUGUGGUAGAGGCAUGGUAGAAGCAUCGAGAAAGAAAUCAGUGGGAGGAGCUAUGUUUUUUAUUAAAUAUAUUGUUUACGAUCUCUAUGACAUAUUUUUAUCCUAACCUUAAUAACCGAACAAAAAAAAGUUCUGUCUGUGGUUCAAACCAUAGAGUAAAAUUCAAAUGAAAUUAUGUCUUUUUUUGACACUGGUAAACGCCAGGAGAUAAAUAUGUCAAAGUUACUAUAUCAAAGAGAAUUAUGACGUGAAUCAUUAUUAGAGAUUGCUACUCGAAGAUUGCUACUAAGUACUUAUAGUAAUUAUAAAAAUGAUUAUUCAUAGUAUUUCAAAGUUACUACGUCCUAAACAAUUCGCAACAUCUGUAAUAUUGGCGCACACGGUAACAUGCCCCACUCGGCACCAAAAAAUCACCCCGGCCUGUGGCUCUAGCAAGGACUCUUCCGGGGUAGCGCUGAAACGGGCUGAGAAACCGGGAAAAGUUCGCAUGGGAUUCAUACCUGAGGAAUGGUUCCUGUUCUUCCAUCCAAAAACGGGCGUCACCGGCCCAUACGUGUUCGGUAUAGUCGUCGCAAACUAUCUGUUCAGUAAAGAAAUCUACGUGAUGGAACACGAAUAUUACACCGCCUUGUCCAUCGUCCCGAUAAUGUAUUUGGCUGCCACGAGGCUCGGGCCCGGACUCGCCAAGAUGCUAGACAAGGACGUAGAUGACUUCGCCAAUGAGUUGGAGAAGCGUAGAAAGAAUGAGUUAAGCGUUUUCGAAAAAACUGUCAAAGAUGCCAAGGAAGCUCAGUGGAGAGCUGAAGGUCAGGAGCUUUUGAUAAAUGCUAAGAAGGAGAACAUCGCGAUGCAGCUUGAGGCUGCUUACAGGGAGAGAUGUAUGCGCAUGUUCCUCGCCGUGACAGGUCGUAUGGACUACCAGGUGAAGCUGUACCGCACGAGCGCCCGGAUCCAGCAGAAGUGGAUGCUGCAAUGGAUUCUUAACAACGUCAUGAAAUCUAUAACCCCAGAUUUUGAAAAAGCAUAUCUGAACAAAGCUAUAGAAGACAUAGCCGCUUUAGCGAGUCGCACUGCUCAAAAAUAACGCGUUUUGUUGUUAUCUUUGAAUUAAAUUAGCAAAUGUCAUGGUGAUGAAAAAUUCAAUAGAUUUUAUGUGUAA